AUGGCCGAAGUGGAAGAACCACCACCGGCAGACGUGGGCGAUGUCGCGAAGCCCGAAGAUGGCGAACCUGAGGCUGCAGAAGAAGAAGAAGAAGGAGGAGCGGAAGAAGCCGCCGAUCUGGCAGAAGCAGAGGAGGAGCCCGAAGGCGAGCUGGUGGGCGUGCAGAUGCAGCGGACCAAGCCGACCAAGGAGAAGAAGAAGCCCAAGGCGCUGAAGACGAAGAAGCCGCCCAAGCCGAAGCCGGCGUCGUACGUGUGGCUGCCGCGGCCGCUGCCCAGCAAGGCGCCCUCCUUCAGCCCGUGCCCGCACCUCUACUUCCGCAGGCCCGUGGCCCCGCGAGACGGCCUCAGCAGGGACGAGUACAUCGACAUCUUGGCGCAGCCUCGACAGUACGUGGAGGCGCAAUGCGAAGAGUUGGCGGCAGUUCUCAGCCCGCAGAGGCUCCGGCUGCUGUGGAAGAUGCUCGGAAGGCACUUAGCAAUGUCGAGAUCGCGGGCGAUGACAGCGGUGUCCCGUGCAAGGCUCCGAGAGCAACUCGAGAUGCGGGAACAGUGCCGGUGCCGUAUAGACGGCAGCCGCCGAAGAGGCAAGGUGGUCACCAGCAAGAAGCCGCCAAGUGGAGCCAGGGCAGCGGGUGCGAGAGCCAACGAGAAGUGGAGCAGGGAAUUUGCGGCCAAGUUUGCAGCGCACAUCUCACGUUUCCUGAGCUCGCAGGUGGGGGCAGGCCGCCCGCAUACACAGCGCGAACGCCUACUGGCAAAGGCCAUCCUGCAGCGGCUGGCAGCUGCCGCAGGCAAACCACCCAAGAAGCCCGAUGAGCGCCAGCGCGUCGCCAAGCUGCUCGUUGCGCUCUCUGAGCGUCUUGCUGUCUGGGUCGACCUCGUCGUCAAAGACGCGCAGAGCAUCUCAGGCUCCUCCUCUGAGUCCAGCGAGGAAGAAUCUGAGGAGGAGAAACCCAUCAAGAAAGGCAAGAAGCCAGGGAAAAAAGAACCAGCGAAGGGAAAGGCCAAGCCAGCGGAGAAACCGAAAGAGAAAGGUAAGGCUAAACCAAAAGGGAAACCAGAGCAGAAAGAGGAGGACGAAGAAGAAGAAGAAUCUGAUGAGGGGGUAUCUAAGAAGAAAGGUAAGGCAAAAGAGAAAGCAAAAGAGAAGGGGAAGGCCAAGCCAAAAGAGAAAGCCAAGCAGAAAGAGGAGGAAGAAGAACCUGAAGAGGAGGUAGCAACGAAGAAAGGCAAGAAAGGCAAGGAAGCAAAGCCUACAGCGAAGAAAAAGAAAGAUAAGAAAGAAGAGGAACUGGAAGAAGAAUCAGAGGAGGAAGUGGAAGUAAAAGAGAAGAAAGGGAAGAAGAAGAAAGGUGCUGGAGACGAAGAAGAGGAAGCAGAAGGUAAAAAAGCAAAGAAGAAAAAGAAAGCUGCAGAGGAAGAGGAAGAAGAAGAGGAAGAUAAGAAAGGUAAAAAGAAGAAGAAAGGUGUAGAAGAUGAGGGAGAAGAAGUCGAGGAUAAGAAAGAGAAGAAGAAGAAGAAGAAAGGUGCAGAAGAAGAGACAGAAGAAGUGGAAGAAAAGAAAGGAAAAAAGAAGAAGAAAGCUGAGGAAGAAGAAGAAGUAGUAGAAGAAGAAGAGAAAGAUAAGAAAGGGAAAAAGAAGAAAAAAGGUGCAGAAGAAGAGGUAGAAGAACAGGAAGAUAAGAAAGCAAAAAAGAAGAAGAAAGGUACAGAUGAAGACAUAGUAGAAGUGGAAGAUAAGAAAGGGAAAAGUAAGCAGAAAGUUAUAGAUAAAGAUGAAGGAGGAACAGAAGCUAAGAAAGGAAAGAAGAAAGAUAAAGGUGCAGAGGAAGUGGAAGCAGAAGAUAAGAAAGGAAAACAGGCAAAGAAAACCAAAAGUGAAGAACCAGUGGAUGAUGAAGGCCAACAGCAGGAAACUGCAGAAGAACCAGAAGAAGAGCCACCAGACGACCAGCCAGAUGAAACUUCAGACGAACCGGCAGAUGAACCGCCAGAUGGCCCUCAAGAGGGAGAUGCCACUGGACCCCCAAACGAGCCCCCAGAAGGCCCUCCGGACGAAUCGUCAGAGGGAGAAGAGGGAGAAGGUGGAGAAGAAGGCGAGCCUGGAGAGGAAGGCGAUGAGGAAGAAGGUGAAGAAGGAGAAGAAGAAGAAGAAGAAGAAGAGGGAGAAAUUAUAGAGGGAGAAGGAAAGAGUGAGGGUUCUGAAACUACGUACGUGGUGACGGCAGAAGGAGACGGAUUCAGAGUGGAACCAAUCGAGGAGCCACCUCCUCCAGAACCUGUAGUCGAGAAGCGGGUGUCGGUGCUCAGUGCUCUAGUCUCGCUGUAUCCCCAACAGGCAAUGCCCAAGGUCCCAUUAUGCAAAGUACUGCAAAAGCUCACAUUACGUGCUCCAACUACGGACGUUUUGUCCGCUGACGGAGACGGGGAGGACGUGUCGGAAGAUCGUAGAAAGGUGGAGGCGGCAGUAGCACGUAAGCUGCGCCGGAUGGCCGAAUUAGAGGACGGCAUUCCACUGCAGCAGGAGACGCGGGACGCCAUCGUCGCUCUGUCCAAAGCUGUGGCAGCCGACCUGCAGCCAGAACUGGACAUCCCGCAGCCCGAACCACCACCUGUGCUAGAUGCCACUGAAUACACCCAGUGGCUGGACGGCUGUGUCUCACUGGCGCAGGAAUGGGCCCGCUGGAUCGGCGAUUCGGUAGACGCCGUGUGCGACAUCUCCAAACGCAAUGCCGAAGUCCAAGAGGGCGAGGCGGCCGACCUGGAGCGCGCCGAGUGGUGCGCCUUCAUGGAGACGAUGCGUCGCGGAGCCUACAACUGGUGCAAGACUGAGGAGGACAUAGCAGCAGCUGCUGCCGUCUGGAAGGGCCGGCUGGAGGCUGUCCAGCAGCAGGAGGAGGAGGCAAAUAAGAGUGGUACCAGAAGCACAUAUGCAGAAGCUUCCUUAGCUCCACGAGAGAUCAUAUAG